UUGGCUGCCGUCUAGGCCGGCGGUCGCACGAAUCCUUCGCUCAUCAACUUCGUUCGUUCGUUCGUUCCGCGUUUGUUUUUCCAUCUUUGAUUUGCCAACAAAUAACUUCUGUGCGCGUUUUCGUUUCCAUGUGUGUUUUCUCGUGAAAGUUUUAGUUUUGAUUUUCCGCUUGCCUUUUUCGGCAGUUCUUCGGCUCAAGUUUUGCCAUUCCGUUAGAUCAAAGAAAAGUAAAGAACUGUGGAAAAUUAAUUUCGGGAAUUUUUUUCGGUGUUUUGAAAUAAUCAUGUGUCUCUGCUCGGCUGCCGGACUUUGAAAAAGGAACAAGGUGACCGUGAUAUAUUUUGGGGGCAAUGGUGCAGCAGCAACAACAAGUGGAAGAACAAUAACAUCGUUUUGUUUCAAACGAUUAUUCCGGAUUAUUACCAGAGCCGUGCGGUUUUUAAACGAGUGACUUCAUCGCAGAUUGGAAUUGACAUGUUAUUACUCUUCGCUUCGCUACGUGCAGUGACAUUAGACAAAAUGCCCCGACCGACGUCUAUUCGUCUUCAGUGCAGUGUCGAAAAGUGAUCGACUGUUCAACAACAUAUUCGUCUGGAAUAACUUCAUCCAACCGGAAAAAAAAAUAACCGGACAUUUGUCAUUUUUCAAACCGACGGAAAUAAUUCUACAAAAACCAAGAAACAAAUUUUUUUGACUCACAAAAUGACUCGACCGCAGAAGAGGAACCAGGAAUUGACGACGGACAUUGAACAGUCUCCUAGAGUGCAACCACAACAACAACAACAACAACAGUGUCAAAGAAGAGUAGCAGAUGAAGCAGCCCCAGACUGUCGGACCCCUUCUUGCUCGCCGUCGUCUUCGAGUUCUUCUUCCUUAUUACUAUUCUCCUGGACGAUCCUGCUGCUGAUCGCAAGCGCUCCAGCCUCUUCCAGCACGGCCAUCGGCAACUGGAUGAAUCUCGGCGUCCAGGGCUACGAGGUGUGGCGGAAUCCUCAGCUCUACAUGGUGGGAGCCCAGCCGCUGUGCACGCAAAUCCCUGGGCUGUCGCCUGGCCAGGCCAAAUUGUGCCAACUCUACCAGGAUCACAUGAGCUCGGUGGGUCGCGGGGCCAGGGCCGGCAUCGCCGAGUGCCAGUGGCAGUUCCGCUACAGGAGGUGGAAUUGUUCCACCGUCGAAGAUUCCACCGUCUUCGGACCCGUCUUACAAAUCGGGAGCCGUGAAGCGGCGUUCGCCCAUUCGAUCGCCGCCGCCGGUGUCGUCCACUCGAUUUCACGGGCCUGCCGAGAAGGUCAACUCUCGUCUUGCGGCUGCUCCCGAGCCCUCCGACCCAAGAAUCUCAACCAGGAAUGGAUUUGGGGCGGCUGCGGCGAUAACAUUGAAUAUGGAUACAAAUUCACGCAAGGCUUCGUCGACGUCCGCGAACGUGAGAAGAACUACAAGCGAGGAUCACGCGAACAAGGACGCAGCUUGAUGAACCUACACAAUAACGAAGCCGGACGUCGGGCCGUGAUUAAGAAAGCGCGUGUCACAUGCAAAUGCCAUGGAGUCUCCGGCUCAUGCUCGUUGGUAACGUGCUGGCAGCAACUGGCGUCGUUCAGAGAAAUCGGUGAUUUCAUGAAAGACAAGUACGACGGAGCCACCGAAGUGAGAGUGAACAAACGAGGCCGCCUCCAAGUGAAAAAUGCCCAGUACAAUUUGCCGACAGCUAACGAUUUGGUUUACCUGGACGAGUCGCCGGAUUACUGCCUCCGCAACAAAACAAUCGGAUCUUUCGGUACUUACGGCAGGCCGUGCAACCGGACGUCUGCCGGGAUGGACGGCUGCAAUCUCAUGUGCUGCGGACGAGGUUACAACACGCUCAAGACGACGGUCAAAGAGCGUUGCAAGUGCAAAUUCCACUGGUGCUGUCACGUCGAGUGCAAGACUUGCAUCAAAACGGUCGACAUUCACACCUGCAAGUAAUUGAAAACGACAGUUAUUGGCGUGGGGCAACAGACAAAUGAAUAACGACGACAAACACAACCAGCUAUAAAAAUCCUUCCCAAUUCUCUAAAAUAACUCUUAAAAGAAAAAAAGAAAAAUUGAAACACAAAACAAAUACCAUUUUAUUAUAUCAACUUUUUUGGGAAUUCUUUUCUCUCACUCGAUAAUUAUCAAUUUCGUUUUGAAUUUUCUACCUGGCUACAUAAUCCACCAUUUCAGUUUUGAAUAAUUAUUAUUUGUCAUCACUGUUUCUAAUUUUUUUGUUUCGCCAUUUAUAUUCGAUGUGUAUUAUAAAUAUCACGUGAUUUUUUCAAUUUCUUUUUUUUUUCGUGUGUGAGUGUCGCUUUAAUAUUUUUGAGAAGGGGGGGGGGACAGAAAAAUAUCGAUUCUUUUUUUUAAUUUGUGGAAAUUUUUCGUGUGUUUUUUUUUCUUCAAUUAUUGUCGGUUUCUAAUUUUGAGGGGCUAAACAAUUUUUCAUCGCCGUGUUUUAUUUUUAAAAUCAUGAAUUCGAUCAUUUUUUUCUCCCGUUCGCGCCAAUACUCGCCUUUUUGUAAUUGUGUAUACGCUGCCGGUGUGUAUCUGUGCGUGUGUGUGUGUGUGUGUGUGUGAGAGCACCAAAAUUUGAUUGAUUGAAUCGAUUAUUUUUUAGGAUUUUUUUUUUGUAUUCGUUCCGCUCUCUUUUUUAAAUUAAUUAUUAUGUUUCCUCUUUCAACAAGCCAAACGACGAAAACAUGCGAUUCUCUGUGUUUUUUUUCUUUCACCACGCCCUUUGACAUUAUUUGACAUUUUGAUAUUAUUUUUUUUUUGUUCAAUUAUUUUUGUUCGUUGUCUCCAGAAAUUACAAACAGACGAAUGGGGAGAAAAGCAACAUGCAAGAAAGAGAAAAAAAAAGAAUAAAAAACAAAAAAAAGAAGAAGAAGUUCAAACUUAUUACAUUACAAAAAAAAACGAUAUGACGUCAUGAUCACUUCGAAAUUCCUCGUCCAUCAGAACAAAAAAAAAAGAAAACACAAAUUGUACACCUCCC